CUGAUAUGCUACACAUAAUGGGAAGACCUUCUUCCUUUGUUUUCCUCUUCUUACUCCAUUCCUUCAUGGCCUCCUUAGCUUGGAGUGAUACAAAUAUCACUACUGACAAAUCUGCACUUCUUGCCUUUAAAUCCUUUAUCACUUCAGAUCCACACAAUGUCUUAGCUAAUUGGUCUGUCUCUUCUUCUCCAUGCAGCUGGAUUGGUAUCACAUGCAAUAUUCGUCAUGGAAGAGUCCACUCCUUGAAUCUUGGUGGCAUGGAUCUUAAGGGGACCAUUCUACUUGAGGUGGGAAGACUUGAGAAAUUGACCAUUUUACGUCUUGCGGGUAACAAGCUUUCAGGAGACAUUCCCCAAACAAUUUCCAACUUAUCUUCACUUGAGUUAUUGAGUUUGUCGCAUAACAGUUUGUCAGGGAGCAUUCCAAAUGAGAUUGGGGAUCUUUCACAAUUGAAAAAAUUGUAUCUUGGCGCAAAUCAACUUGCGGGUUCAAUACCAUCUUCAUUAUUCAACUAUUCAGUGCUCCAAGACUUCCAACUUGCAAUAAAUAACUUAUCCGGAAGUCUCCCAACAAACGUGUGUGCUGGGCUUCCAAAGCUACAAAAGUUUUAUGUGAAUGAAAAUGAUUUGUCUGGCGACAUACCCUCCACUUGGCAUCAAUGCACAGAAUUACUAGAAUUGCAAUUGGGAAAAAACAAAUUCAACAGAGGUAACAUACCAACUGACAUUGGAAAUUUGACCAAACUUUGGCGGCUACUUCUUCCCAGUAGCAACUUGGAAGGUAAUUUGCCAGAAAAAAUGUUUCAUCAUCUCCCUUUACUUAAAAUCUUCGAUGUUAGUGAUAAUCAAUUAGAGGGAAGUAUUCCAAAAUCAAUAAGCAACUGCACAUCUUUGAAAGAAUUAAAUUUGGAUAGUAACUCAUUUACAGGGCUUAUAUACAGCUAG